AUUGAAUACUCAGUGUCUCACUUUUCUGCUUUGCUUAAUUCUGUUUUCCUCUCUCUUCCUCUCUCCGCACUGAAUUUUCUUCCUCUCUCUCUCUUCCUAUCAACCUGGUUCUACUCCUUCACAGACAACCCAAAUCAACUGUGCCAACGUACUCCGAUCCACCGUGGUCAACGUCAAAUAGAGAGAGCUCCGAUCUGUGAGCUUUGAUCUCCGAUCUCUGACAGAAAUUUUCUCCUAUCUCUGAGCACGUAAUUGCAAGUAGACCGCACCAGUGCUCUGUCUGUCACUUACAAACACUCCAUCCAGUGCUCUGCUUUCUUCUUCCCCAAUUUAUUUUCCUUUCAUGUGUUAAUUCUUACUAAGUUGAAUAAUUUUCUUAAUACAUAUCUUUAGUAUAUUUCCGAUAGCAAUUCUUUGGGCACAGAAAACGCCUCCCCCACAUGUUUUCCUUCUUCUUCUACUUCUACGCCUAGAUGGACAUACGAAUACGAUGUCUUUCUCAGUUUCAGAGGCUCCGACACCCGCAAAAAAUUUACAAGCCAUCUGUACGAAGCAUUGAAACGGAAUGGCAUAACCACUUUUAGGGACGAUGAAAGUCUCGAUCGAGGGGCAUUCAUUAAACCAGAACUCUUGAGAGCAAUAGAAGAAUCAAAGAUUGCUGUCGUUAUUUUCUCUAGAGACUAUGCUUCAUCGAGUUGGUGCUUGACUGAACUAGCAAAGGUCUACGAGUGCAUGGGCAAGAAGAAGCUGAUAGUUCUGCCUGUUUUCCAUGAUGUGGAUCCUAGUGAUGUGCGCAAACUGAGAGGGACUUUUGAGGAUGGCUUUGAAAAACAUCUCAUUGAUGACACUGAGAAUGUGCAAACUUGGAAAGAUGCUGUGACGGUAGUUGCUGGUAUCUCUGGAUGGGAUUUAUGGGAUGAGCCUGAAUCAACAGUUAUCGAAAAAAUCAUUCAGAGGAUAAAUAAUGAGUUGGAUCGUGAAGUCCCUAGUGUUUCUGAGCACCUUGUUGGAAUGGAAUCUCGCAUGCAGGAAAUGCUGGAUUUAUGUUUGGGUGAAAGGUUAGAUUAUGUCCUUUUUAUUGGGAUUUGUGGUAUAGGUGGAGUUGGUAAAACAACUCUUGCUCGAGAAAUUUAUAAUAAAAUUUUUCGUGACUUUGAAGCUAGCUGCUUUAUUGAUAAUAUUAGAGAAGAAUCUGAAAAUCAUCGUCUAGUUUCUUUACAGAAACAACUUCUUUCUAAAAUCCUCAUGAGUACCCAACAAAAUAUAACGAAUGUUUAUGAGGGAAUCAAUGUUCUAAGGAAGCGAGUCCGCAAUAAAAAGGUUCUUAUUGUUCUUGAUGAUGUGAAUGGAGAAGAACAACUAAAAGCAUUAGCUGGGAAAGAUGAAUGGUUUGGUAGAGGGAGUAUAAUCAUUGUAACUAGUAGAGAUAGGCAUUUGUUGAAAGGGCAUGGAGUGAAACAUAUAUUUGAAGCUGAAGAGUUGAAUGACAAUGAAGCUUUGGAACUUUUUAGUUGGAAGGCUUUCAAGAAACCUCAUCCCGAAGAAAAUUAUGUGGAUUUGUCUAAGCAUUUUGUGGAGUAUGCUGACGGCCUUCCCUUAGCUCUUGAAGUUCUAGGUUCUUUGUUAUUUGGAAAAAGAAUAGAUGAAUGGAAAAGUGCCCUAGAAAAAAUUAAAAAGGAAUUGGAUGACAAAAUUUUUAAUGUUCUUAAAAUAAGUUUUGAUGGGCUAACAAAAAUGCAACAAGACUUAUUUUUGGAUAUUGCAUGUUUUUUUAAAGAAGCGAACAAGGAUGGCAUAAUAGAUAUACUUCAAAGCUUUGGUUUCUGUCCAGGCUACAGUAUUGGUUUUCUUGUAGAAAGAUCUCUCAUAACCAUUGGUGAAUAUGGAACUUUGUGUAUGCAUGAUUUGCUACAAGAAAUGGGUCAAGAAAUUGUUUGUCGUGAAGAGCUUGGUAGACGUAGCAGGUUAUGGCGUUAUGAGGAUGUCCUACGUGUAUUGAAAAAUAAUAUUGGAACAAAGUUUGUUGAAGGUAUAGUUUUAAAGACACCUACAAUUAAAAAGGAACACUUGAGUGUUGAAGCCUUCUCAAAGAUGAAAAAUUUGAGAUUCCUUAAAAUUGGUUGUGUGCAACCUCCACAAGACCUCAUUAGUGGUCCAAUCCAACUUCCACAAGGCCUUAAUUAUCUUUCUGAUGAGUUACGUGUACUAGAUUGGCAUGGAUAUCCUUUAAAAUCCUUGCCAACUAGUUUUCAACCAAACAAACUUGUUGAAUUGAGAAUGCAAUGCAGUGACAUCAAACAACUAUGGAAAGGAAUUAUGAUUUUAAAUGAGUUAAAACUCAUUGACCUCAGUAAUUCUCAAAACUUGAUUGAGAUCCCAGACCUUAGUGGAGCCCCAAAUCUUAAGCAGUUGUUUCUUGAUGGUUGUACAAGAUUGUCUAACAUUCAUCCAUCUCUUGGAAAUCUCAAACAACUUAUUCUAUUACAUAUGCGUGGUUGUAGAUGCCUCAAUAGUCUUCCUCCCAUGAUCAACUUGGAAGCUCUUGAGACUUUCGAUCUUAGUGGUUGUUCAAAACUGAAGAAAUUUCCAUAUAUUGUGGAAAAUAUGCCACGUUUGCAGAGACUUGAUUUGAGUGAGACUGCUAUAAAAGAUCUAUCAUUAUUAGUGAUACACUCCACUGGCCUUAUAGAAUUGGAUCUAAGAGAUUGCAAAAACCUUUCAAGUCUCCCUAUUGCAAUUUGUAGUUUGAUGUCUCUAAAAACUCUCAAUUUAUCUGGCUGCUCAAAUCUUGAUGAAUUGCCAGAAAAUUUGGGGAAAAUCGAAGGUUUGGAGGUGUUAAACUUGAGUGGGACUGCUAUAACAGGCCUACCUUCAUCCCUUGUUCACUUAAAAAAUCUCAAAAGAUUAUCUCUCUCCGGAUGCGCGGGGCUAUCAUCUGAAUCAUUUAAUAAUCUCAAGAGGUUUCAUUUAAUGCAACCUAGAAGAAGUCCAGAUCCCAUGGGCAUGCUAAAGCGUUCUUUAAUAGGCUUAUGCUCUUUGACCGAACUUGAUCUAAGUUAUUGCAAUGUUCAGACAAUUCCUAAUGUUCUUGGGUGCUUGUCAUCUUUAGAAAGUUUAAAUCUAACGGGAAAUAAUUUUGUUUGCCUUCCUGAAAGUAUCAUUCAACUAUCUAAUUUGAGAAGGCUUUUUAUGGGUGGUUGCACUCAUCUUCGAAUGUUGCCCAAGCUUCCAUUAAAUAUUAAGUUUAUUGAUGCAACAUCGUGUACCUCACUGGAAAUAUUAUCAUUAAGACCAGAAUACGAUUUUCAGCCGGAAUUUUGGCUUCUCAAUUGCGACAAAUUGAUCAAGAAUCAGGGCUAUAGUGACCUAUUUUCAACAAUGCUAAGACGUUUUAUCAUUAAUGCCCAGGUUCACGGUAAGGAAGGCAGACAAGCAUGCGUUGUCGAGCAUCUUGGAAGUGAAAUUCCGAAAUGGUUUAGCCACCAAAAUGUGGGGGCUUCAGUGAAUCUGCAAGUGCCCUCAGAUUUAUCAUGUAACAAAUUGAUGGGAAUAGCCGUGUGCGCUGUUUUUGUAUUCCGCCAGCAUCAUCCACUUCACCAACUUCAUAUUCAAGAUUAUGGAAAUAUGAUAGGUACACAUUAUCUUGGGUAUUCCAUUGGUGGAUUUACAAGACCGAGCCUUAUUUUAUCCGAGGAAUUUGGUAAGAUUGAAUCGUCUCAGAUUUGGCUGGAAUAUGAAACCUCUACAAACUUUGGAACGAGGUGGAAAGAAAUAUUGAAUCAAGUCGACACUAACGGAUUCAGCCAGAUUGAAGUUAAAUUUGAACCCGAAGGUCCAGGAUUGGAGGUUACAAAAUGCGGGGCCCAUCUGGUAUUCGAGCGAGACAUUGAAGACCUAAUAAACCAAACUAAGGCUAGGCCUAGCAGGUGCAUCAUCACUCCUUACGAUGAGGAUGGUUUUGAGGAUUUAGAAAAGAUACCAAAAUUAAGCUACCUAGUGGAGAAUCUGAUAGGGAAGGGGCUGGACCUAGUGGAGAAGCUACCUCUAAUGACGAACCACCACACCUAAAUCUAAUUGAAAAUUGGUUUGGGAAUUCUGAUUGUGAGGAAGAGGAAUCUCAAUGAAAGUUAUAGCUUUUAUGGAAUCUGCACUGCCGAUCAACUUUUUUUCUCUCUGAUUUUAUUAUGCGAAGAAGUAUUUGGACUUUGUUGGAAAGGAGAAACUGUCACAUUGCUAGCUGACGAAAAGGCAUGUGGAACUGAUUGUAUGGUAGUCAUUUUUGUUCAAUUGUGUUGGAUGGUGCACUGAUGGGGCUGUCCUACAUAUUGCGUGGGGUUAUUUCUGGAGUGUUUGAAUCAAUACAAUUGCAUCGAAGCUUCAAUUGCUAGCGGUUGCCCAAGUGCAGGAGUAUGGCCUUUGUCACUUCAUGGGUUUGUUAGCUGAUCAUUUGGGUUUUAGUUGUCAACUGAUGAUUGGAAAUAGAGAAAGAAAUAAGCAAAAUUGUAAUGGAAAAGCAAGACCCGAUAGAAUUAGAAGCUGUGAUGAGGAAGUUCUUUCUUGUUUUGAUAGGUAAUAUGGAAUUCAAAUCAGCUUUGGUGUUCCGUUGAUUCCAUGCUUAAAGAUGGGAAAACAAGUUAUAGAAUAACCUCUCCUCUGCUUGCACUGCUGCCUUUAUUACUUUUGAGCUCUUCAUAUCUAAGUUCAUGGAAAAAUGAUAUUAACUUCCAAGGGUGGGACUUGAAUUUUGUUGCUAGAAUACCUCCUAGUGUCACAGAUGAUGAUUUUGGCAGGAUCCAGUGACAAAACAUGGAAUUGGAUUUGUAAUGCAUGAAAAUGCAGGAAGUGAAGCUUGAGUCUUAAAGUUUUGUAUUCUGGUUUUUUGUUCAAGUGAAUUUGUAGAAUACAAUGUUAAUCAAGAGAUUCUAAACUAUAAACAUAGUGUUUGAGGUGUCAUUUGGAAGAUCAAUAAUUGUGGAACUUCAUCAUUUGUUGUAUUGGUCUUCCAUUUUACCUCAUAGUAUUGUCUGGUCUGUUUUCAGAUUCAGUAUAUCGAAUAAUGUCUGAAUCAUAUGAACUUCAAAGGUUCUACGGUUGCUGUGGACUUAGCAAUUCCAAAGGUGUGCUAUUAUUUAA